CGGAAAGUAUCAAGAAGGUUAUCAUAUCAUAAUCAAUGCCAGCACCAGUAAAUAAGAUCACUACAAUGACGACUAGACUUUAACUCUAUGACAUGGAUAUUUCGCCUAGUUAGCGCAAUAUAUGUUGAGAAUCACGCAGUCGAUGUCGCCAGAGUCGAUUUGGAAGGUAGAAUUGCAUCCCAAGAUGUUCGCAGCUUGGCGAUUUCUCCAAAAUGAAGCAAACGCCUACACCACCCCCCAAUUAUUUAUAUUCGCACCAAUUGCGAAUCUUUGAAAGAGAAGAGUUCAUGUGCCAAUGCUGCCGCGUAGUGCUGAACUCGCCGUCAGGGAUCACAUCACCUUAUCAUUCACCGUAAGCAAGCCAAGCCCCUGACGGUAUUAUACAUAUAAAGGUAUAAAGGUAACCUAGGUACUUUACAAGAUUUCUCUUUUCGCUUCACAAGUUCUUGAUUUGCUGCUUCUUCCUUCGCAAUGAGGCUUUCUCUCUUAGCUCCGAUUCUAGCUUCGCUUGUUGCAAGCGUUCCAACAGCUCCCAGGAGUGAUGUCGUAUCCUACGAUGGAUACAAAGUCGUGCGGAUAAACACGCAUGGGCACCCAUCGGCUACAAAAGAGAAACUCUCGGGAAUAAGUUACGAACAGUGGAACCGUGAUGUCUACAAGCACCUAGAUAUUAUCAUUUCACCUGAUCAGGUUGCCACGUUCGAAGCACUUAACCUUGACUACCAAGUUAUGCACGAGAACCUGGAAGACUCAAUUGCAUCAGAGUCCAUUUCGAAGUCGGUCUGGAGAAGACAGACUGGUGAUCUUUCGUGGUAUGAUUCGUACCACGACUAUCAGGAUCAUAUCCAAUAUUUCGAGGAUUUGCAAAAGUCAUUCCCAAACAACUCAGAGCUCAUUUCAUCUGGCACCUCUUAUGAGGGGAGAAAUCUAUACGGUCUCCAUCUAUGGGGCGCGAGUGGACCCGGCAAACCGGCAGUACUUUACCAUGGAAAUGUGCAUGCCAGAGAAUGGAUUACAUCGCCGGUCGUCGAGUACAUAACUCUCCAGCUAGUUAAAGGCUACAAUGACGGCGACAAUCUCACUCGUUCAUUUUUGGAUAAGUACGACUUCUACAUCAUACCAAUUGUGAACCCGGACGGUUUUACGUAUUCUCAAACAACUGAUCGCUUGUGGCGCAAGAAUCGCCAACCGCCACCUGGGAACCAAUCUUGUAUUGGUCGGGAUAUUAACCGCAAUUGGGGAUUUGCAUGGGAUGCGAACCCAUUAGGCGCCUCUACAAACCCAUGCUCGCAGACCUAUAAGGGCGAGGCACCUUCUGACACACCGGAGAACCAGGGUUUAGAUAAGUUGGUACGUCAGUUACGCGAUGACGCGGGCAUCAAGCUAUACAUAGACUGGCAUAGUUAUGGACAGUAUAUUCUAUCGCCAUUUGGGUACAAGGAGACAUUAUACGCGCCCGAGCUUGGCAAAUGGACCAAGGCAGCUGGCAUCGUCAGUGAAACAAUUCGGGAUAGUUCAGACGCGGGAACGACGUUUACUUUCGGGCCCAGCGGAGCCACUCUGUAUCCAACGACAGGUUCGGCGCCUGACCAUAUUUAUAGCAUUGGCCGUGCUGAGUUCUCUUAUACCAUUGAACUCCGGGACACGGGCAAGUUGGGUUUCGUAUUGCCUCCUGAGCAAAUUAGGCCUACCGCCGAGGAACAGUGGGAGGGACAAAAGGCUUUGCUAAGCUUACUGGACGAGGAGUUCUUCGAUGGCGAGGGCCCGGCUUGACCGUCAGGGGAGCGAAAGUUACUGGUAUGAGCUUAAGAGUAUGUUCGUAUAGUUAUAACAUUAUAAUACUUAGCUCGUAUUGGACCAAUUAAAGCCCUGAUCAGAGUGAGAUCAGAGUUAACUCAAGCUGAAUUGACUAAAGUUGACUAAGUCACAUGGAAGGGAGAAGGCCGAGAAAGACCAUGACGAAUAAUCAAACUCUUUAAGAAACUCUUGAUCUUGUGGCAUGUUUACCUACCUAACCUAAAGGUAGGUAAACAUAGCUAGCUUUAUAUAAGAUAGGUAUCGUCAAUUAAGUAUCCAUGGGACUCUGAUGUAUACGAGAGGACAAGCGCUGAACUUGAUGAAAUUAUCUAGUCAGGGACGCUUGGGGUAGGCUCAGAGGCGGGUCUUAAAACUAAGGGAGUCUUCAGGUUAGAAGAGGGGAUAGUUGUGCUUAAGUUCGCUGCUAAAGAGGCGGGUGGUGGGAAGGUUGUUUACUUUGCCUUAAAUCAGGAGUAUUUCAAGCAUGAACUGUAAGUUGGCGAUGAGGCAAUUGUGCG